AUGAAGGGUGCAUUGAAAAUCGAUGUUGACGUAUCUAUGUACGUAUCAGUGGAAUCAUUGAAAGAUUCUCGCGUCAUAAAUGAGAUUUCGAAAAAAGUAAUCGAUAUUUUAAAGGAAAAAGGACAGAAAGCACGUUUAAGUGCCGUUGAGAAAGCUAGUAAAAAUGCUGUUUCUCUUCUUUUAUCGAAGAAGAAAGGAAAAACAGCUUCACUUUUAUUUGUUUAUUUACCACUGAAUGUAUUAGAAUCGUUACGUGAUACAGUUGUGCCUACUGUUUCAUCCGAUGAAGAUUCAUCGACAAGAAGUGUUAGCGAAGAUGAUGAUAUUGAAAGUGAUAGUUGUGACAGUCAAAAUUCACCAUAUGAUUCUCAUAGUCGACAUAUUUCUUUCUCAAUGUGUGAUGAAGUAAUGAAAGUAGAUAUGACAUUUGAAUAUUUAUUGUAUUAUUUCAAAUAUUCUCUUUCGACGAACAACAGAGCAAUGAAUAUUGAUAAAAUUCUUUCUGAUAUAUGUACAUAUGUUUUUCUUGAACUGAAAUGUUCGGUACAUAUUCGUAAAUUAAAAAAAGAAAUAAGCUUACAAAUAAGUCAUAUCGUUCAAUCAGCACGUGUUCAUGCUGCUGGUAAAAGUGUAAUUCGUAUUCUACGUAAGAUUAGUAAUUUUACUUUAUUUUUUAAGUUCAUUAAUCCUUUGACUGAAGUACAGUCAAUUGGAGAAUUUAUUCAAUAUCGAAAUAAGGAUAAUUUAAGUCCUAUUCUAUGGAUUCGUAAAACCAAUGAUGAAACAGAUGUUUUUCAAUUUUAUCCAUCGUUAGACAUGGUAGAAAUAACAUUUAAUGAUAUUUUUGUAAAGAAAACUUUGUCUUCGUUUGAUGUAUUUGGAACUAUAGAUGUCGAUGAACUUUCUUAUCUUAUUAGUGAAUGUGCUUUGACUUCCGAUCUAAAGUUAGAUAUUCUAACUCUUGAAGAAGCAUUUAAAACAAAAAUCUUAUUUGAUUGUACAUCAUCUAAUUCUAGUUCUUGUUUUUCAACUAUAGUUGGAAAAGUUGAACAAAUAGAUGAGCUUCGAAACGAUGGUGAUCAAAUUCCUACUAAUGACUCGCUUUCUUUUAGUGAAGAAGAAAUAGAUGCUAUUAUAGGUCGAACAUAUACUACACGAGGUAUUAAACGUUCGUACGAAGAAGAUCCGAUUGUAAUCGAACCAAACAAAAAUAAGUAUCGACAAAAUAAAAUGAUCAAAGAUAAAAGAGAUUUGUUACAUUUAAAAGAUACUUAUUAUCUUACAGAUGCUGCUUUAAAAGCUAUAUUUGGAUAUGUUCAAAGUAAAAAAAAAAUUUUUUCUUUAAAAGAAAUCGAACGACUUAGAAAAAAAACAAAUAGUAAAUUUCCUAUUCUACAUACUAAAACAAGUGCAUAUGUUAGAUUUGAAUAUGCUGUACGUACAGCCAUAUUUGUUGCACGUAAAUACGAACAGAAGCUCGAUCAAUUCGACACACUUAAUAUCCGUUUCAAUAUGGAUGGUACAUUGAUAGGAAAUAAACAUAUCGUAGCAAUAUCUAUCAAUUGUAUUGAAGGUGGUAGUCAAUGUCAAUCCGCUAAGAAUCUCAUUCCGCUAGGUCUUUUUGAAGUACAAAAAGAAAAUACAGAAUUACUUCGUCAGAGUUUGCCAGCUGAAUUUAUAAAUGAUAUUAAAUCUGUUAAAUAUAUUUCUAUAGGAGAAAAAAAUAUCAGUAUUCGUGUUCGACUUGGAGGAGAUUUGAUGAAUGCUGUUUAUGUGUUUGGACUUGCGGGAUUCAGCUCUAAUUAUCCUUGUAUUUUCUGCACGCAACAUAAAGAUGAUCUUUAUGUAACUGACGACACAGUUUAUGAUAAAGUAGUAACAGAAGGAAAAGGAAAGAAUAAGCAAACUUUUACUAUUCGUAUAGGUCCUACUUCGUAUCAUGAUUCAACUAAAAAAGCACGUUCUCUUGCUGAACAAACUCUAUGUUUAGCAAAAAAUGUAAAUGAAUUAGGUUAUAAAUGCGAACCUCUUUUUGGAGAUCUUUUCGAUUAUCAAGAUUACUGUGUUGAUACGCUUCAUAUGAAACUAAGAGUUUUUGAUGUUAUCCUAAAAGAUAUUUUGGCUUAUGCUUCGCGCACCGGCAAAUAUGGUGGUGAGCAUUUAGCUAUUCUCGGGCGUAAAAUAAAGAUUUUAAAUCAACAUUGCGAAAGAACUGUAGGUAAACGUUUUUUCUUUCAAAUUGAUACUGAUGAUAAAAAUAAAACUAUUUCUUCUCAUGGCAAACUAUCAGGUCAUCUUCAAGAUCUUUUUUUUAUUGAUAGUUUUCCUUAUGAUGAUAUUCUGAAUGACGAAAUUGCCAAAUCGGCUCGAAUAGUUGUUAAUAAAUUUAAAGAAAUUCUUGUUGAGGUUAAGCAUACUUCUAUCAGGCAAAAAGGUGUUCUUAAACGUUUAUCGCUCGAAUUUGUUAAAGAAUUUCGUCAAAGUAAUCUCCGUACCACUGUUACUCCUUAUAUACAUAUAAUCGGUAAUCAUCUAUAUGAAUUUGAUGAAUUCAAUAACCUUG